AUGUCUGUGCAAAGCAUGAGCGGUGGCCACUUGAGCAAGGAGUUUUUCGAGCUGGUGAAGAGCAUUGGCGAGUCACGCUCCAAGCAGGAGGAGGAUAAGAUUAUCGUUGGGGAGAUUGCCAUAUUGAAGCAGCACCUUAGUGCGCCCAACAUAUCGGCGAAGAAGAUGAAGGAGUACAUGAUCCGGGCGGUCUAUGCAGAGAUGCUAGGACAUGAUGCUUCUUUCGCAUACAUUCAUGCGGUGAAGCUUACACACGAGAAGAACCUCUUCGCGAAGAGGAUCGGCUACUUAACUUGCAAUCUCUUCUUGCACAAAGAUCAUGAGCUCAUGCUCUUGCUGAUCAAUACAAUGCAGCGGGACUUGCAAAGUGCCAACCACAUUGAGGUUUGUUCUGCUCUCGCUUCAGUUUGUCGCCUGGUCUUGCGGCCUUGUUUGCGCAGUACAGAUAGCUUCCUGGCUGCCUUUGGCGUGGCAGGACUGAGCCGUUGGACCCCAAGACCCCCACCGGUGGUUGACAUGGAACAUGCGAACCCGUUGUUGGGUCCAAGUCCUCGGGCCCGGGCUCUGUAG